UUGAAUGAACGUAGUUGUUGUUGUAGACAAUCCUUUAAUCUUAUAUAAUGUCAACGUUAAACCAUUCAUUCACUUUUUCAUAUGCAGUGAAAAGUGAUAGUUUGGACAAAGGUCACAAUGGAAACUCCUCUUGUGUUACUAUUGAUAUUCUCGGUGUCGGCAUUGUCAGCGACUGUCAGUGGUGUGUGCAUCUGUAACAAAGCUGCGGGAAAUUCUCCUGUCUUUGACCAAGAUCACGAGCAACAAAUUGGAGAGUUAAAACCAAACGAUUGCAAACCUUACGCUAACCAGAGUAACGUCGAUCAAUAUUGGUUCGGGAUACAAUUCAAUGGACAGGUAGGCUAUGUCACAAAACAAAGCGGCAUUGUGAUUGAUCUUUGCACGAAAGGACAAAAUGAAGGUUCUGUAGGGCCCACUGACUUUCCACUUACUGAUACACCGGUACAUGUAAUGCCUGUACAGGUUGUCAACAAUACUGUCAUUACAAAUAUAACAUAUAUAACUAACAUCACCAACAUUGUCAACACCAACACAAAUACCAAUACUGGAAACAAUACCCACGUGCAUGGUACCAUUACACUGUCAAAUGCACUACGAGGCAACACAAAAUUGUGUCCACAGUACGUAAUACAAGGGGCUCACAAAAACGGAUACGUAUUAACUCAACACGGUCAUGCUUGCUAUGAGAUAUGUACAGAUAUGGUUAGUUGGAAUCGUGCACAAACGCUGUGCAAGGAGCGCGGCGGACAUCUGGUCACUAUUCAUAAUAACAAAGAGAACACGUACUUACAACAACUUCUCAGUCACACCCAUCAUCACAGAGUUUGGAUUGGUCUAAAUGAUAAGGCUAACGAGGAACAGUUCCAAUGGGUAACAGGUGAGAAAGAUACAUACACAAACUGGAGGCCUCAUCAUAGGAAGAGUUCGGACCACAAUCAUGAGGACUGUGUUGUAAUGUCCUCCGCUGGAUACUGGGACGAUGUUUCAUGUGAAUCGCAUGCAGCAACACACCACCAUGACUACAUUUGUGAGUACGGUGUCCAUAACGGCGCUCAUAUAAUUGGAUGAAUUUUGUUGUUUUCGGUUUGAAUGCUUGGAAUAAUUACAAAAUGAAGACAUA